AUGCCUUCUUCCGUCUUUGGGACCCUCGCUAGGCUCGGUCUAGAGGCUUUUACGACCUACAAUGGACAGAGCGUGUUCGCUUUGGCAUACGCGCAGGCCACUGGUUGUUUCAUUAUGGGGAUUGCGCUGGGCAUGAGAGCCCCUUUUGGGAGAUACUAUGGACCCUUGUACACGGCGAUGACAACAGGAUUCUGUGGAUCGUUGACUACGUUUUCCGGAUGGCAAGUGGAUGUCUUCGACUCGUGGGUGAAUGCCGGACAAUAUCCCAGAGCAGGUCUCCAAAAUUUCCUUGAUGGCCUUACCAAAACUUGGGUUACUCUCGUGGUUUCCCUGGCUUCCCUAUCGUUUGGCGUACAUGUAUGUGGGUUGAUCGUGCCCUACUUCCCCGCACCACGCCCUCCAAGCAGAGGCUUCCGGUACACCUUAACCGUGGCAUCAGUCCUGGCUUACGCUGCGACAUUCCCCGCGUACUUUUACCUGCCCGCCGAUUUUCGCCAUCAGGCAACUGCAGCGCUCCUAUUUUCCUAUCCAGGAACGUUAUCUCGGUAUCUCCUCUCCAUAUAUCUCAACCAGCGCAGCAAGUAUUUUCCUCUCGGAACAUUUGCCGCCAAUGCGAUUGGGACUGCCCUUCUCGGAUUAUUCCACGUAUUACAGAAUCUCCCUUCGUCUGUGUCACCUGCUGCAUGUUCCCUCCUCCAAGGGCUUGGCGAUGGGUACUGUGGGUGUCUUACUACGAUAAGUACGUUCGCCGCAGAGGUAGUUGCGUUAGGGGGAUGGAAGCCUUGGCUUUACGUGGUGAUUAGCUGGUGUAUGGGACAGCUACUACUCUUGAUCAUCAUGGGGACGUCGUUCUGGGCGGGUCAUGUGAAUGAGCGUAUGACCUGCACAUUUAACGCCUCAUGA